AAGUUUUCUAUAGUGCUUAAGCCACCUAAUGGGCCGUUAGUAGGUAAUAAACUUACUGUGAUAGUAAUAGCAAAUAUCGCCAACAUUUUGCGACAAUUUCGCACCCUCAGGUAUUUAGAACAAAGUCCAUUACUUAACUAUAUCUUGGAACCAGAAAGAUUAUCUUCGUUAAUGCCAAUACACGGCAGAAUCACGAGAAAAGAGUUUCCGUUAAAUUCUAUACAACAAAAAACAUGCGCUGAGGCAUCCGAAUUGGCGUUAGGUAACAGACCAGGUAUCUAUUUAAUUCACGGCCCACCAGGUACCGGAAAGUCGUCUGUUAUAGUUAGUAUAGUAUUCGAAAUAAUAUUCAAAGCCAUGCAAAGUAACGAAUCUCCUAAUCUACUCGUAACAGCUCCUUCAAAUGCUGCGAUAAAUGCAUUAAUUGAAAAGCUCUCUGAGGCCAGGUCCAAAUUAAAUGAUAAUGAUAGAAGACAUAUUAAGUUGAUAAGGGUGGGUCCCGAAACGAGCAUGAGCGAAGUAGCAAAAAGAUAUUCCCUUAGAGAGUUGACGCGAAAAAAAAUAUUAAGCAGUAAUAAAAACGCAUUACACCAAAAGUAUUCUCAUGUUGCCCAUCAAAUAGAUGUAAAUACAUUUUUAAAACAAGAAUUAGGUAACCAGUAUGAUUAUAGUAUCAGAAAUACAGAAGAAACAUUGGUCAGUAACGCUAAUAUAAUUUGUACGACACUUAAUAGCAGUGUCAGCUACAUUCUUACCAACAGACGAUCGAACGUAAAAUACACUGCUUGUAUUAUCGAUGAAGCUACUCAGUGUACUGAAGUAGAAUGUCUUUUUCCCAUUAUGCAGAAAGUAGAUAAAUUCAUUCUCGUUGGAGAUCCCCAACAAUUACCUGCAGUUAUCUGCAAUAAAGAAGCCCAAGAUGUCGGUUUUGGCAAAUCUCUGUUUACAAGAAUAUACGAGCAUUUUGUCAACAAUCGAGACAACAGCCCGAUGAAAAUGUUGUGUGAACAAUACCGGAUGAACCCAGCCAUCUGUGAUUACCCCAAUAGAAAAUUUUAUGAUGGAGCACUGAAAUCUUCUCCAAUUUGUACUAAUCCAAUACAGCCACAUCUGAAGCCGUAUUUAGUAUUUAACCUUAUGAACCCUGCAACCUCAUAUAAUAAAAGCUCUGAAUAUGAAAACCCCAAUGAAGUGGAUGUUGUUUCUUGUAUAUUAAAAGCGUUGAAUACGUAUGUAGUGUCGACUUGUAAAUACAGUGUUGGAAUUAUUACGCCUUAUCGAGCGCAAGUGGUUUUAAUUUCAAGAUGUAUAAAGGAAAUGAAGAUGAACGAUAAUGUAAGCAUCAAUGUAAAUACGGUAGAUUCGUUCCAAGGCACAGAAGAUGACAUUAUUAUUAUUUCCUGCGUAAGGUUUAGUCAAAAUUCCUUUUUAGCUAAUGAACAUCGUUUGAAUGUCGCUCUCACACGAGGCAAGAAAGCUGUUUAUGUUAUAGGCAAUCAUUCUCUUUUCAAGCAAUGUCGACCUUUAUAUGAUCUUAGGGAGAAUGCGAAACAAAGAAAAGUUCUUCUUGACAUACCAAACAAUCCACUGUCGAUACCGUCGUUCCAUAAACUGAUAUUAGAUGUACGUUAAGAAUAAAAAGAAAAAUAAGUUUA